AAAGGAAAGCGCGAGGAAUCGCUACCACCGCCUCCGCCAGUAGCAGCCGUGACGGAGCUGAGAGGAGACCACGGGCCCUACCGCCCUGCCUCUCCUCCUUCUUAUCGCUGGCUGCCAACCUCCUCGGGAUUUAUUCCAACAAUCUGUUAAAACAUGGUGGAUUACUAUGAAGUUCUAGGCGUGCAGAGACAUGCCUCACCUGAGGAUAUUAAAAAGGCAUAUCGUAAAUUGGCACUGAAGUGGCACCCUGAUAAAAAUCCUGAGAAUAAAGAAGAAGCAGAGAGAAAAUUCAAACAAGUAGCUGAGGCAUAUGAGGUGUUAUCAGAUGCUAAAAAACGGGACAUCUAUGACAAAUAUGGCAAAGAAGGAUUAAAUGGUGGUGGUGGAGGUGGAAGUCAUUUUGACAGUCCAUUUGAGUUUGGCUUUACAUUCCGUAAUCCAGAUGAGGUCUUCAGGGAAUUUUUUGGUGGAAGGGACCCAUUUGCUUUUGACUUCUUUGAAGACCCAUUUGAGGAGUUUUUUGGAAAUCGAAGAGGCCUCCAUGGAGCCAGAAACAGGGGCACAGGAUCUUUUUUCUCUUCCUUCAGUGGAUUUCCAUCUUUUGGAGGUGGAUUUCCUUCUUUUGAUACAGGAUUUACAUCAUUUGGUUCUCUGGGGCAUGGGGGCCUUACUUCAUUUUCUUCAACAUCCUUUGGUGGUAGUAGGAUGGGCAACUUCACAUCUAUAUCAACGUCUACUAAAAUAGUUAAUGGCAGAAAAAUCACUACAAAGAGGAUUACUGAGAAUGGUCAAGAAAGAGUAGAAGUUGAGGAAGAUGGCCAGUUAAAGUCCUUAACGAUAAAUGGUGUGGCAGAUGAAGAAGCCUUUGUAGAAGAAUGCAGGCGAAGAGGACAAAAUGCCCUGCCUUCCCAGCCAGCCAAUGUCCGUUUGCAGAAGUCUCACAGACCUGCCACUUUACCCAAACAUGUAUCUAACUAUAUUUGUGAGGAGGAGAAUGAGCAAGAUAAACCUCAGGUCACCAGCAACUGGGAUCCCUCCAUUUUUUCCGCAGGAUUCAAAGAAGGUGGCAAGAGGAAGAAGCAGAAGCAGAGAGAGGAGCAGAAGAAGAAGAAGUCGACCAAAGGGAAUCACUAGACUGGACUUACCAGACACAUGCACACUUUUGCACCAAAUGCUCACAUAACGUUGGAGCACGGGCCUGGGUUCUGUGUGUGUUUUGGUUGUACACACUCGAGAUAGAAGACAUCUUAUUUAAUAUUCCAUACCAAGAUCACACUUAUUUUUAGCAGGUCUGUGGACACUUGAUCACUGUAGAUUAGGGAUGUCAGAAGAAGUGAGUUGAUGAUAAUGGUUGACAAUCAUUGAAAUUUGGAACACAGCAUAGACUUAAUUUUGCUUUUCCCCAGCACUGAAUCUUAUUAGUGUUUUCCUAUAGCAUUGUUAAGAAUCUAAUUCAUUUUUCCUAAGGCUCUGUCUCAUUCUUUUCAACUGUUCAACCACUAUACAAACUACUGAAAUAUUUAUAGCUUUAGAAGUAUAGUACAAUACAGAUAUUGACUAUAUAUUCAUGAAAUGACUUUUU